AUGAAGGCUCUAUCCUCUCUCGUCCUCUUGGCCCUCCUCAUCUCUUCCUUCUUGUCUUGUUGCUCCUGCGCUGAUGAUGCGGAUGUGGAAUGCAGCGGAGAUGUCAACUUGUUCCACAAGCCUGACAACGUCCCCUGGCUGCAUUUCUCAAUAGAGCACGGAGCAACCGAGGAGAUGUUGCUGGGACAUGUUUCUGUCUGCCUCUCAGAUUCGUUUAUAGGAUGUGAUAGCCAUGUCACCUCCAAACAGAAGCUGAGCGAGGUGUGCUGGUACAUCCCCGACAAGAAUUCUUCUCGAUGUUCUUUCAGCCUCGAGUAUCCAUUACCCAGCGAGAAUCUUUCUUCGACCUUCCUCUGGAUGGUAUCAGACUGCAGCAGUCAAAGGUUCAGCUCUUGCACGCUUCGAUACUGCGGAAAGGUCACGAGGCUCCCGGGGUCUGCCGGCCAACGGGCUCUAAAAGUCUUGUCACGGAUCGAAGACCUCUCGCCGUCUCAGACGUGCCCUCAGGCCAUGGUCUCCCCACUCUUGUACAGAGGUCUAGGUCAGGUGGACCAGCUCGAGGAUCCUUGUCUGGUCACGGACGGACUCUCUCCUCCACUCUACUACCUUUUUCACAAGAUGGCUGCCUUCAAGUCGCCGGAUCAGGGUAGCAUCGGUGUGAUCAUCAGCAGGGACCUGGUCAGUUGGUCAAUGCAUAAGAUUGUUCUGUCGGAAGCUCAUCAGAUGUCCGACCCUCACAUUUUCAGGAGUGAAGAUAGUUGGUACAUGCUGGUAUCUUCUCCCACUCUAAAGUCCAUCAAGUUGUAUGCCGCCCAAAACUUUCCGUUUGGUUGGAGGAAAAGUGGAACCUUACUGCAGGGAUCGUUGUUCCGAAAUCCAAACAUCUUCAAGUCCAAUGGCAACUGGUUCCUCACUGUUUUAUCAUGUAUCAAUGAGAGUGGAGUUUGUUCCUCAAAGUUGUAUCAUUCGAACAAUCCCUUUGGUCCUUACAAAGCGCUCACCAAAUCUUUCAGCACAGUCUCGUCAUCUAAUGCGUGGAUGUUGGAUCUAGAUUUCAAACUUCAAGGCAGCAUACUUUACAUUCAAAGCAACAGCUCGAUGCAUGGCAGCAAGGAGCUCAUUGUUUCUGUCAUAGACAAUCUCUCGAUCGAUAGCUUCUCCAUCAGUUAUCAUGGAGGAUUUGCAGAUUACUUGAAGAUGGAAUGUGAUCUUGCUAGCAUACAUCAGAGGCUUGCUUGCAAUCUCCUUCAAUUAUUUGACAACGAACCUAUUGUUUUACACUUGUCCAUGUUGAGACAGGCGGAUUUGAAGGUCAGCAUUGUUCUUGGGACUGACCAAGUUGCACCGGAAGUCAGGCCGGAUUCAUCUUUAUUCGAGCAUAUGAGUUGUUUCCAACACAAGGAGGAUUGGUGCCGUAAUAACAGCAAGAACUACGAUUGCCAGUAUCGUCGACCAGACAAUCAAUAUGACGGUGCUGACUUCUCGAAAUUGGAUCCUCUUUGGCUCAGCUGGAGAGGAGGACCGCCAGGUCAAGUGCCGACAGUCUCGUUGCCAUGGCGUUACUGGGCAGAUCGAACCUACAAGAUGCUCGACUUUAUACCCGUGGCAGGAGACGAGCUGCUGUUCGAGAACGCUUGUGGAGUGGGAACCACGCUGGAGAUUGUUGCUCUGUGGUUUCCGGGCCUGAAGUUGGCAGGUUCUGACAUCCAGCAUCCUUGCAUCGACGUGAUCCAACGGCUCAUGCCGCAAGGUCAUUUCUGCGCGAGCGAUUGCUCCAAGUUGGGUUGGAUCCCGUCGGAAUCCUUCGACAUCGUACUGUGCCUUGCAGUGAUCGCGCACUUGGACGAUAGAGAGCGAGAAGUCACUAUCCAUGAGAACAUCCGGAUAGCAAAGCCGGGAGGCUGGAUUAUCAUCGAAGAUAGGACAGGCAUGAGCCACAGGUAUUGGAAAGAAUGGCUGUUCCUCCCCUUCAUCGAUGAAGUCUUCAUCCAUGACUUCUACGACGGCGGGUACAUUGUGAUCAUGAGGAAGAAAUCUAGUGAAUCCUUCCUACUUCUUGAGGCAGCGGAGGACGACAGCCAACAAGAGGACGAGAGACUUUCGGCUCCAACAGCCUCCAACCCUGUUCAUCUGAAUAUGAUCUGGUCCAUUGGGAUCGGGCUGGGUGACUCCAUGCAAGACGCCAUCGCCAGCGCCUCCCACGCCCCCCCCAUCCUCACCUCAGGCGACGUCAAGGACGUGCGGGGCUUGUACCUGGCGGAUCCGUUCCUGGUGAAGGGGGACGGGAGGGAGUGGUACCUGUUCAUGGAGGUGCUCAACAACGACUGCCAGCGAGGCGAGAUCGGGCUGGCGGUGAGCCGGGACGGGCUGUGCAGCUUCGAGUACGAGGGGGUGGUGCUGAGAGAGAGCUGGCACCUGAGCUGGCCUUUCGUGAUCGAGGCGGAGGGGGCAGGGGGGAGGCGGCGGCUGAUGAUCACGUGCGCGACCAACGGGCCGACGAAGCCGGUGCUAUGGCUGUACGAGUCGUCGACGGAGGAGUGGCCGCGGGGCUGGAGGAGGAAGCAAGCGCUGCUACGGGACGAGCAGGUGCGGGGGUACGCGCUUGACCCGGUGCUGUACUACUCGGAGGAGGAGAGGGCGUGGUUCUUGUUCUUCCUGGACUCGGGGGUGAACUGCGAGCGUGUGAUGUACGCGGAGGCGGUAGACGGGGAGUACCGGGAGCAUCCCAAGUCAUGCCGGGGGAGCUACAGGAUGGCGGGGCGGAUGUGGAAGGAGGCGGGGGGAGGCGGGCUGAGGGCCUUCCAUCAGACGCACGCGGGGGAGGGGGGGGAGUCGUACGUCACGAGCAGAGCGAUGAAGCGACUGACGCGGGAGGAGCUGGAGUGGGAGGAGACGGGGGAGGGGCAUGCGGGGCCGGUGAAGGGGUCGGGGUGGUACGAGGGGGGGAUGCACACGCUAUCGAUACAUGAGGUAGGGGGAGAGGGAGGGGAGGAGGGGUGCUUGAGAGGGGCGAGGUACGUUGCGGUGGUGGAUGGCCGGUUCGAGGACUCGUCGCACAAGAUGUGGUGGUGCCUGGAGCAGGAAGAAACGAAUUUUGCAUCCUGCUAUAACAGGGUUCUGAACAAGACAGAUCGAACUAGCAUGUCGCGGAUGGAGACUUACGAUCAGCUUGAAAGUUGCGACUUCUCGGCAGAUUUCCGCUAUCGGGAGGGAGACAUUGCCGUGUUUCCUUUUGAUAUUCGAAUCACCUCGCGGUGCCCAGCUGUGACUUGUGUCAACAUGCUCAUCUCGGUCGGCUCCUUGUUGCAUGACAUGGAAAAAAUCUCCAUCUCCACGCCUGAAACUGAUGUUUCCUUCGCAGCAGAGGCGAUGCUUGAACGAGGCUGCUACUUCUCGAGCUUGCAACUGACUACCUGCGACUCGUCGGCUCAGGAUAGCACGAUACUCUUCUCCUCCGGCAUGGCUCGGGAGCUGCGCGUUGACACUGACAGCUCUGCUAUGGCCAACUGCCGCAAGGCUGGGUCCAACAUCUGCAGCGAUCGCCUCCAACUGCCAUACUUCGAUGCCGCAUGGCCUCCUGAUGGCAGUCCAGGAGCUGCUUCAGAAGAGGAAGACCUAAUAGAGAUCGCGCUGAGGGUACAUCAGAGGCUCUGGAAUUUUCCGGCCCAGGAGCAGUUCUUGCUGGUGGCCUUCGGUAACAGAGAGUACGUUCCUUUCUUUCAGUCCUGGCUGUGCAAUACCGCCAAGAUGGAUGGGGUACACUCCAGAACCUUGAUCAUCGCCUCCGACGACGAUGCUUACCAGCAGCUCAGGCGAUCGUCUCACAACGCCACUAUCGUGAGGAGCGUCCUCAAAGUGGAUGGGGAGGAGCUGCCCUCCGCCUUCGAGUUUCAGUCUCUCGGCUUCUUCCUCCUCACCCAGCACAGGAAUCGGCUGAUGGAGCGGCUCAUCGUCGCAGGGAUCGACAUGCUGCUGUUCGAGGCCGACGCGAUCUGGUUGCGGAACCCGCUCUAUGACGUGAACCUGAUGUACUCCGAUGCUGACGUCAUUGGUUUCUGGAACACAGGAAAGAUCGGGUUCGGAUGGACUUUGCUGCGGGCGACUCGGGCGACUGUGAAGUUGUGGAAGGAGAUGGACAGAAGAUACGACGAGAUCAUUCAGACGCAGCAAGACGGUCGUCUUGACAAGUACCUGGGCCCAGUAGCGAACGAGAUGGACCUGCUGAACCAUGUGCUGGGGGAGAUGAGGGCGACUGAUGAGAUCCGUCUCUUCACGCUCGAGGAGUGCGAUUACGUGAGUGGGAUAUGGUACGACGGAGGGAUAGGGGGGGAUGGAGCAGAGCUCCGGGAGAAAUGCCACGAGUGCGGGAGAGUGCCGUAUGUGGUGAACAACAACUUCAUCGUGGGCAUUAGAGGGAAGAUGAACAGAGCCAAGAGAUGGCGACACUGGUUUGCUGAAGCGGACGGCAGCUGCUACGAGGACGAGAAGUUGAAAGAGACAUGGCGACUUGCGAUAGAAAGCUUUCAUACACUAGAGCCGCAGGAGGAGCCAGCAAGCGACGAAUGCCCGUCCUGUUACAUUUACAACAUGAAGCAGUAG